AUGUACGUGGAACUGCUGUACCCGGUGCUCGUGCUGACGGAGCCGAAGCACCUGGUGCUGGGGGUGCUCGAGGGGAACAUGAUCGUCGACGAGCUCUGGCGGUCAUGCGUCAUCCAGCGGUCUCAUGAUACCACCCGGCCUCAAUGUGGACGUUGUACGUUCCUCUCCGUCCUCUCCGACAUAUCCGUCUCGCAAGAGCGACUGAUCAAGCACCUUCCGCGCCUCACCCCGAUGUCUGCCCGAGCGCCCACGUUCAUCUGCUUCGAUCCGCCCGUGGCCGGCCACCCGAGGUCCACGCUCGUCGACGCAGCGGCGUACUUUGCUUCGCUGGACCUCGACGGGCUCGCGCGCCGCUUCCAAGUCGCGGCCCCCGUAUUGCGCAUGGUAUCGCUCAAGCUCAAGGGGCUAUGUGGGAGUAGGAAUGGACGCGGGUCCGCGCCCGCACACCUUGGACCGCCUUGCACCGAGGAGUUGAGCUGGCGCAGGAGUGAAUGA